UUCAUUGAAGAGUUAGCGACGGAAUAGGUUGUGCUUACACACUUGACAGUGUCAACGUUUCGCAGAAGGAACAAAUUAACAAGAGUUGUGCUUACAAUUAACACGUGCCAGGAGCUUAAAUAAUUUAAUAUUUCAAUUGUUUAUUCCUAUUUUCGUGAUGUGUAAUCAUUGAUAAAAAAGUGCUUAUAUCUCGGUGUUAUUUUUUAAGUGAAGUUUGUGCACAUUGAACUAUAUGUAUUAUAAAAGAUAUGAACUCAAUCGCAACUCCAGAGACAACAAUUAGCCAUAUGCCAGUUUCACAGCCAAAAAUGCAGCCCUCUUCAAGUCGCAUUUUGUAUGACAUACCUUGCAAAGUCUGCAGAGAUCAUUCUUCAGGAAAGCAUUAUGGUAUAUUCGCCUGUGAUGGAUGCGCAGGAUUCUUCAAAAGAUCAAUCAGGCGAAAUCGACAGUAUGUUUGCAAAGCUAAGUCUGAAGGUGGUUGUAUGGUUGAUAAAACUCAUCGGAAUCAGUGCAGAGCUUGUCGACUAGCUAAAUGUAUUCGGGCUGGCAUGAACAAAGAUGCUGUACAGCAUGAAAGAGGUCCAAGAAAUUCAACACUUCGAAGACAAAUGGCUUUGUAUUUUAAAGAGCCCGAAAUCAUGAGCAAUAUUGUAUCGUCACCAAGUGCUGCCUUGGACUUGGCUUUACCAAAACCGCCAUCGGAAACUAGAGUAUCUAUUGCAGCUCCUGCGCCUCAUCAUGCCAUACCUCAUCCAAUUUACUGCAACAGCAUGACAAUGGCCAAGGUUCCUCUGACACUAGCAGGAUUGCCGACAAUUCCCAUUCUGCCGACAAUCAACAUUGAGUCAAUGUGUGAACAGGCGGCACGACUACUCUUUUUGAAUGUUCGUUGGGCGCGAGAUUUGGCAGCCGGCACGGGUCUUGCUAUGGAGGAUCAACUGACGUUGCUGGAGGCCUCCUGGCGAGAACUCUUCCUUCUCGCGGCUGCUCAGAUGUUGCCGACACUUGAUCCUUCACCACUAUUACCGCCUGGACCACAAAGUUUACCGUUAGCUGUGGAGGUCACCAGAUUUCGGGAGACACUUACAGGUUUCCAUUCUAUGAACUUGGAUCCACAUGAGUUUGCUUGUAUACGUGCAAUCGUCCUCUUCAAGGCUGGAUUAGACAGUGAAGGUGUGCCUAGCAGUCGAAGUAGUAAUGGCUCAACAUCACCAAGCACCGGAAGUCGGCUCAGAGAUCCUGCUUCUGUUGCAAGACUUCGAGAUGGCGCCCAACUGGCACUUGGUCAAAGACUCAGCGGUGCAUCAUUUGGCGCUUUAAGAUUUGGUAAGCUUUUGUUACUUUUACCAACUCUGCGAUCCGUUUCAACACAUGCCAUUGAAGAAUUGUUCUUCAGAAGGACUAUUGGAAUCAUUCCUAUUGAAAGAAUCAUAUGUGAUAUGUAUAAAUCAGCUUAAGAUCAUUGUACAGAAAUGAAACUUUUGUUUUCUUACAUGAAACUUUAUUUGGCGAUUUGAUUAAUCGCAUGCUCUAUA